AUGUACCGUCAUCUCGCCCACUACCGAGCGCUUCUUCGACCUGAAUCCCAUGCGGCGCCUGCCGCCCUCGGACACGGACGGCAAAAAGAACAGCAAGAAGGAGGGCGGAAGCCCGUCGAGCAGCCUCAUGGCUACGAGUUUCUAGGACCUCCAGGAGCCUUUGUCAUCUCCUUUGGUCUCCCACUGUUGGUCUACGUCUUCACGUUUCUAUGCAACGACAUCUCUGGAUGCCCCGCACCUGUGCUCCUCCACCCCCACAGCUUCAGCCUGGACCAGCUGAAGAAGGAGGUCGGAUGGACCGGUUUCUCUGGGUUGCUCAACACCAAGGCUUUCCUCGGUACGCUGAGCUACUAUUUCCUGAGCUUGGCCUUGUACCGUUUCCUCCCCGGUGAGGAGCACGAGGGCGUUGAACUCCGGUCUGGCGGAAGGCUCAAGUACAGGUUCAAUGCCUUUUACUCUGCCCUCUUCAUCAUGUCCCUUCUCGCCGCCGGCACCAUCUCUCAAGGCGCGGAAUUCCCUGUCUGGACUUUUAUUCUCGAAAACCACGUCGGUAUUCUCACCAGCAACAUUCUCAUCUCGUACCUCCUGGCCAUUUACGUGUAUGUUGCUUCGUUUAGCGUCAAGCACCCCAAGGACCCCUCCAUGCGGGAGCUUGCAGCUGGCGGCCACACCGGUAACAUGCUGUAUGACUGGUUCAUUGGACGCGAACUGAACCCGCGCAUCACCCUGCCCAUCUUUGGCGAAGUAGACAUCAAGGCCUGGUGCGAACUUCGCCCCGGAAUGCUCGGAUGGAUCAUCAUGGACCUUGCUUUCAUUGUGCAGCAGUACCGCAACUUUGGCCGUGUCACCGACUCGAUUAUCCUCAUCACCGUCGCACAGGCCGUCUACACCUUUGAUGCCUUAUACAUGGAGCCCGCCAUCCUCACUACCAUUGAUAUUAUUGCCGAUGGUUUCGGCAUGAUGCUUUCUUUUGGCGACCUUGUCUGGGUUCCCUUCACCUACUCUCUCCAAACCCGCUAUCUAUCCGUCUACCCGGUCGAGCUCGGUUUGGCUGGUGUAGCUGGUGUGUUGGCCGUGCAGGGUAUUGGCUACUACAUGUUCCGCGCUGUCAACAACGAGAAGAACCGCUUCAGGACGAACCCCGAAGAUCCUCGCGUCAAGCACCUCAAGUACAUUGAGACCGAGGCUGGUUCCAAGCUCCUGGUGAGUGGCUGGUGGGGCAUGGCCCGUCACAUCAACUAUCUUGGUGAUUGGAUCAUGAGCUGGUCCUACGUCCUGCCCACCGCCAUGUCCGGAUACAUGAUCAAGAACGCCGCCCAAGACCCCAUCACUGCCACCCAGACCGACGCCUACUUCUUCAAGGGCAGCUACGGAAAGUACGCUGCGCCUGGCGAGGCCAAGGGCUGGGGCAUGAUCUUCACCUACUUCUUCAUGGUCUACUUUGCCAUCCUGCUCAUCCACCGCGAGCGCCGCGACGAGGAAAAGUGCAGGAAGAAGUACGGAAAGGACUGGGACCGCUACGUGGAGCUGGUUCCCUGGAGAAUCGUCCCUGGCAUCUACUAAAGGAUCCACGAACCCCCAGGAUGUAGCGCUACCCCACGACGCGGUUGAAGACGCACAUCCUAUUCCACCACCCAUUAUUUUCAAAAACUUAUCUAUUCUUAAUGCUGCGGCGGACAUUGGCGAGAUGAAAUGCUACCUUUCUGGCCUGGUUUUGAAUCCACCCGAGGUUGAAGACAUGCAUCCAUGUAACAAUUCGAAAAAUGGAAGGGGGGAAAGAGGACCGAAAAGAGAGAGGGAUGGAAUGCUACCGCAAGGCCCGGUUGAAGACAUACAUGCCCCGUGUAAGACGUAAGAUGCAAAAAGAGGCGUUGAACGUGCGAUGCUAUCGCCACCAUGCGAUUGAAGACGUGCACGUGUUUGGACUGGAAGGA